AUGAGUCUUGGCUUUGAUGACGAGCUCUGGCUGAGCGACCAGACUGAAGAGGAGGAAUGUGGGUUUACAGAUCCUCGUUCAUUUUCCUUAGAGUUGACGUACCAAGGACCUGUUGGUGACUUCCGGACUCGCAACAAACCAGGCCAGCUACAGAGACCCAUGGUCAGCUGUCAGGCAAAGGCUAUGAUCCAUGGCCGGUGGGGAGGGGGAGAUCAGGACUCGUGCGACUGGGCCACUCUGUUGGUAAAUGAGUUCCAAUUCCAUUCCUACCGUGGAUGCCGACUCAAGGCAGCCGACAUUCGCUUCCGAUUCGAGCCGAUACCAGGUCAAUUAAAUGAACUGUCUGUCGCUGAGAUUCAGCCAAAUCGUGUAUUUAAAGUUGCACGCACCGAGCAAUCCGAGCAAUCCACAACCGGCCUUGAGCUUACGCUUGGGUCCCAGCCACUGGCAGGAGCUGUGAACACUUCAAUCGCUGUCUCCAAUUCGAACAAUGUGGAGAAGGUUACAGUUCAUCACACGGUUGUCACUGGGGACCGGCCUGCAGAUAUCUACGGCAGUCAGCAUGAGGCACAUUUUUCGCUGUCAGAAAAUGUAUCACAGCAGGACGGGAUUCCUACGCGACUGAGAGCCUGUAUCCUUUUGAAGCGGGGAACGGAGGAUGACUUUGCUUGUGUUCCCUACAUCCAUGUCACUCCAGACUUCAAGACUUGGGUUGGACAGCUGUUCUCGUCUCGGGACAGGGAUGAUCCUAUCCGAUUUCGUCCCUCUGAGCCGGCGUUCGAUCAGCUGGAAAAGGGGAUUGUAGUUGACGCGGAAAAUCUGGGAGCCACCAAUCUAGAUCGGCUGUGGGGUUGUACCAUGUAUACAACAUGCAACGAUGUUGUUGACUCAUUUGUCUCUCUUAGUUCCCCGGCUAUGGACUCCUUUGAGCUGGACGCUACAUCUGACGAUGCCACGUACAAAAGGUUGUCAUGGGAGGAACGUAUGAAAGACUUGACGGGACAAUUAACGAAUGGGGGGAUAUGGGAAGAAAUGGAGUCAACAGUGAGCGGAUUUCGCGAUUAUGAUAACAGAGAUGUCCCAACCAUACUUCAUCACCUGUCGAAGGACAAGUUUGCACAUGGAUUCUACGACCUUCCUGAGUCUACGCGCGACUGCAUCCUUGAUUCUCUCCUUCGAGUUCAUCUGGAAGAGCAAAGCGCGACUGCAGACCACGUUCAGGCCAAUACAAUUGGGAAGGAUAAGCACCCUUAUCCCAUUCUCACUAUUGCCCUCGAACAUAGCAAUACUGGGUUCCUCAACACCAUCGCGGCCCGUUUUCAGCACCAUUUGCCACACCUUCUCAAGAUCUCCCAUACAGGUGAUGGUCGCAACCCACUACACGAGGCAUUUUCAAUAUUUUUUCGGUGGCAGAAGAAUGUUGGUCGGUUCAAGGACUACAGCUACAGGCAGGAAAAGAGAACAGAGUUGGGAAUGCUCACGCUGAUUAUCCAAAAGUGGGUCGAGCUGGCCCCAGAUUCGGCCAUCGCGGCAAAAGACGUUCAUGGAAAUACUCCUCUGCAUUAUGCAAUGCAUUAUAACCUAUGCUACUACUUGAACUCGAAAGUCUACCGACCAGUUGUCGUCGCUCUAAUCGACAGGAGCCUCUGUCGCCGGAUGCAGGCCGAGGACCAACUGAACGGAGUUGGCAAAUCUCCCUACCUAAUUUAUCUCGAGAGUGAAGCCGACUUUGCUGAGAAGAAACGUACUUCAUCGUCUUGGAAGCCUGAUACAAUGAAAACGACUUCUUGGUCGAAGCCAAAUCGGCCGGCACUCGGACUCGAAGGGAAGAGGGCAGAAGGAAAAAAGACGGGUGAAGAUACAGAAAGCAGAAAGACGCAGGAUGGUUUGUUCAAGCCGCCCCAGAUGCCUUCACAUUCAGAGCUUCCCACAAUCGGCAAGGUCACAGUGCCGCCUCAUUCGACACCUUCUCGCACCCAACAAAACCCCCAGUGUUCCCAGGAUAACAGCAAGGCUACAGGACCGGCGUCUACCCCACAGUUCCCAUCGGCGAUGCCGCGCUCAAGUGCGACCAAAGAGCUGACACCCAAUCAAAUACAGCAAGAUAAAGCUGACGACAAAAUCAGAAGGCAGGCUGCAGAUUCAAUUCGGCAGUAUCUCAGGACGUGGUACAUACGAAACAUGUCCGACGCGGAUGCCAGGAAAUUGCUCUAUGGCAAUAUCGCCUCAGACACUCUGUCCUACGUCAGAAUCCCCCAAGUGUUAAUGCCAGACGGGCUCCCAGAGACUGCUACCAUAUCCAAUACAACCAGCGAGAAAAGAGGAAUCUAUAGUGCAUCUGGUUCCAAGAAGGCCCUGAGGGGACGCAUCUCACUAAUAUCCGUCUUCGAUGAGCUGGCCCUUGCAGGUGUACGGCAAAUUCUACGGCUCCAAGUCGAAGACAACGGCGAUGUCAUGGCCCAUUCAGACGCAGCUAUUGAAAGGGCUAUUACUGGUUCGGACCAUCGUGGCGAGUUAACCUCCUUCGACAUAAACAUUGAAUUGAUUCACGAUGCAGAACCCAACGUAAAGUCCAUUCACCUGCACUGGAGCGGUGGUCAGACUGUUCUUCGUGGGUGGGCGGACGCAAUCCUAGUGCUUUACACGCAAUUCAAGGAACUAACCUGUGUCUAUCUGCAUGCAUAUCAGGAAAGAGUGAUAGACACACGAAAAGAUGAAGAGACCUGUACUAUCCCCAGCCAUGGCGACUAUACAAACGAGAAGCAGUAUCUUUGGAUAAAUCGGCUGGAAGAUUUUCGUGAUGCGAUGCUGGAGGUGCAUAAAGUUUCUCCAAAAGUUGCCCUUAUCGACGAUGGCCUAGAUUACGGUGAUUUCGACGUUUAUCCACACACAGAAGUGCGAGGGUUUAGCUGCUAUCCACGCACUGGGCAGACCGAGCAUCCAUGGCACAAGUCGACCAACGGGCAUAGAACUGCAAUGGCCAAUAUGAUCCUCCGCAUAAAUCCGUGGGUACAUCUCUUGGUCAUUCGAAUUGAGGAUGGCAUCUCCUACGCGAAUCCAGGAUCGCCCUCGCGGACCAUCCAACCCGACAGCGCUGCCCGCGCCGUCGAGGCAGCAAUCAAGCUUAACGUCGAUGUAAUUUCCAUGUCGUGGACCAUACGCAAGCAAUUUUCACAACUGCACAGCUCGCCCGUUGAUCCUGGAUCAUUGGGGAAGAAGUCAAUCGACGAGGUCGGAAUUGAGCGACUGGAAAGGGCCAUAAGGGAGGCGGCGGAAAACAAUAUUCUCAUGGUUUGUUCUGCGGCGGACGAUAUAGAACUCCUCGGGAAGGACAAUCUACCCUUCUGUGCAGCGGAGCACAAUAUCUUUCGCAUCGGCUCCUGCGAUUCUCAAGCGCAGCGUGACCCCAUGACUGAAAACAGAACAACCAUUUCCUAUUUUCUCCCGGGGAUUCAAGUCCCAGAAGCACAAAGACCACACUCCUUGAAACCAAUUGUAUAUCAUGACGGGUCUUCGAUAGCCACUGCGCUGGCUGCAGGGUUAAUAUCUAUUAUCCUCCAUUGCGCUCGUUGGGUAGACCAGUGUCAAGAAGCUCAAGAGCCCGCACAGAAUGCCUCCAGUGAGAAAAAUCAAUUCCAGCAAUUGGCAAAGAACCUUCGUAUACACAAGAACAUGCAGAUCGCAUUGAGAAAUAUUGCCAGAUCACAUGGGUCAGAUGAGCCAGAAGAUUCGAAACAGCUUCCUGUGUAUCGUCUCUUUGCAGACACAACCAACAAGUUGAACAAUGCCAAGGGGAGGCAAAAGGUUGAGAGGUUGGGGGAUUUAGUCAGGUACCUAUGUCAUGGCAUUGAGGCCUAA